GCUCUCAGUACUGAAGGGGGCAGGAGAUGGCCCACCUCUAUACUCAGUAGAUGAAGAUGGUUAGGGCUCAGAGAGGGGCAGUACUAGCCCAAGGUCACACAGCAAGGCCCAGAAGAACCUAGACCUCCCACCUCCCAUUCUCCUGCUCUCAGAACCCUGUAGAACUGUUUCCAGGCACCUGGCCUCCUACCAUGUCUGACCCCAUCACACUGAAUGUCGGGGGGAAGCUCUACACAACCUCCCUGGCCACGUUGACCAGCUUCCCCGACUCCAUGCUGGGCGCCAUGUUCAGCGGGAAGAUACCCACCAAGAAGGACAGCCAGGGCAACUGCUUCAUCGACCGCGAUGGCAAAGUCUUUCGCUAUAUCCUCAACUUCCUGCGGACCUCCCACCUGGACCUGCCGGAGGACUUCCAGGAGAUGGGCCUGCUCCGCAGGGAAGCUGACUUCUACCAGGUCCAGCCCCUGAUCGAGGCCCUGCAGGAGAAAGAGGUGGAGCUCUCCAAGGCCGAGAAGAACGCCAUGCUCAACAUCACCCUGAAGCAGCGCGUGCAGACGGUCCACUUCACCGUGCGGGAGGCGCCGCAGAUCUACAGCCUGUCGUCCUCCAGCAUGGAGGUGUUCAACGCCAACAUCUUCAGUACCUCCUGCCUCUUCCUCAAGCUCCUGGGCUCCAAGCUCUUCUACUGUUCCAAUGGCAACCUCUCCUCCAUCACCAGCCACUUGCAGGACCCCAACCACCUCACUCUGGACUGGGUGGCCAAUGUGGAAGGCCUCCCAGAGGAAGAGUACACCAAGCAGAACCUCAAAAGGCUGUGGGUGGUGCCCGCCAACAAGCAGAUCAACAGCUUCCAGGUCUUCGUGGAAGAGGUGCUGAAGAUCGCCCUGAGCGAUGGAUUCUGCAUCGACUCUUCCCAUCCACACGCUCUGGACUUCAUGAACAAUAAGAUCAUCCGGUUGAUACGGUACAGGUAGAAAGACCCCCUCCACACGGGGGAGAAGCCAGCCUGGCUUUGAGAAGGGUCUCACCAGGCACGAGGCGGGGACCUACACUAAUCUGUAUUAAUUGCAUAGCAGGGCUUGAUCCGGCACGAUGAAGUCCACCUUCGGGAAUCCACCUUCGGGAAUCCACGUGUCCUCCAAACGAAACCACCUCUUCUUGCUUAUGUUGAUCUGGCGGUGGGUAGUUUACAAGUGAGAAGUCAGCUGAUGCACACAGGAGGCGCCCACAGAACUCUCUGGCUGGGACAAAGGAGGAGCAGUGGGCUGGGCUCAUGGGUUCUCAUACUCCAGUCAGUGCCUCGCUUCCCCAUCUCCAGAGAGAGCCCUGGCUGCCGAGGGGGAGGGUGGGAACCAGAGGCUCCUUUGCAUGUGCAAAGGACACAACGUGUGCAGCGACUCCCAUCACACCUGCUCUUUGCCCUGGGGGGUGCGUCCAGGUACCAGGACACCUUUGCCCGUGUGUAGGUGGUGCGGUAUGUUCCCAGAACCCUUUGUGAUUCCACUCAGGGAGAAAGCUGAGCUGUGCUGUGGCCUAGAGGAUGCCUGUCUAGGCUUCAGCUGGAGGGAACGGCCCUCCCAAAGAUGCUGAAUGAAGGGUUCUUGGCUUCAGAAACUGGUUGCUUUCCCUGCAAAGAUGUGAUAGUAUUGGAGCCAGGAUGAUGAAAGACACGUCACGAUCCUGCCUAUUGCUUGACUUUCCUAGCCCUUUUCCCGUGAAUUGGAAGCGUCACUCAACAGUUUAAACCAAUAUAUUAUGAACUCUCAGGGUUGGAAAAUAAUCCAGAAGCUUUUAGUUCUUCCCCUUCUCUAGGACACCCCAGUACAUUUGGGGACGAGUGCCUCUCCUUGAGUACCUUCAAGGGAUCACCUUUGCCAGCUUGCACACCCCUGGUGACAGAAAGCUCACUACCCAGGGCAACUUCUACCAAGGUUGAGCCCUGCUGGUUAUCAGGAAGCUCUUUCAGUGUUGACAGUCUGUCCCGCUAGGUCUUCCUCUUCACACAGACGUACGUGCUUGAUUUGACUAGACACUUUGACGAUGCCAUUACUCAGAACUCAGCCUCCCUUUGCAAUUUGUCAUUAGCAAAAUUAGCUCCUUUCUAUCCUUGUUCAUGGCCCCCAGUUCAUCAGCCUUCCCCACCAGCCAUGGCUCUGCAUGUUCCUGAUCAUGUCUGGCUGGAAGAAGACUGCUGACUGGGGAGAUCUGGGGUUUGGGAACACUGUGUUCGGCAGGGAGUACAGCUCUGUACCACCAGAGUGCCCUGGAGUGAGUGUCCAGCCCCUACCACUCCUCCUAAGAAAGCAGCCUUCCCCGUCAUAACUACCUGUGGGCCUCCCAGGGCCACAUGAAGGGCUAGAAAUGCCAGACUGCUACUCCCCAACAGGAGCCGCACAUUGUGAGUCAUCCCUGCUGGAGACACUCGCCAGACACAGCCAGGGAAGCCGGGAACAGGAUCCAGGGGUGAACAGAGCAAAGGGUUUCCAUGGUUACACCUUGUGCAUGAGGCGUUUUCAUAGUUAUAGACAAAACCUGGUCCUGAGGCAACAAAGGCCUUUUCCCUGCCUUCAGCGAAGCCAGCGGGAGCCAGGAGUCUCCCUGUGGCUGUGGAGCCACUGCACCAGUGGUACUAGAAAGUUCUUCAGAGAACACAAUCCGGACAACAGAAGCUGUGAUCAUGGUCAGAUAAGUCAAGGGGGAAAAAAACCCUCCAAAAUCAACACUGCCCCCCCCUUUUUUUUUUCUUCAUCUGUUUGGUGCUUCCUAAUUCAACAGCUUGACCUUAGAGCAAGGGCAGAGCCUGUGAAGACACUAACACACUACGUGACUCUGCAGGUCACUCGCCUCACUGAGCCACCUCCAUUUCUUCAUCUGCGAAAUGGGCGUAGAGUAACACAUAACCCUACCUACCUCACAGGACUGUUGUGAGGAGCACAGAAAUAACGAAUGUGAGAAUAAACCGUACAUGA